GGCUGGGAGGGACUCCAGGGAGUGGAAAGAGUGCGAAAGGAAGAGAGAGAGAGAGCUCAUCUGAUUGAAAAAUCAACGAGACAGCCCAUCUCAGGGACUGAGAGACAGUCCAGGCUGUGACAGUCGCUAGAAGGCAGGCUUCCUCUCGGCUCCAUCAUGAACCGCUUCAAGACCUCCAAAUACAAGAACUGCAUCCCCAAGAUCCCCAAGAAGGAGGGUUGGAUUGCUGACAUCGGAGGUGUUGCGACUACUUCCAGUGGGGACAACAUCAAAUGUGGACGUAGCCGCAUCGUGUAUAACACAGACAGCCCAGGGGUGUUGGGGAUUACCUCCCUAGAAGUGGGGCAAGGAGAGAAGAGGACGUUUUCCCGGCUGCAUUGUCACUCGGACGUGGUGACAGAUUUUGCAUUUUCACCAUUUGAUGACAAACUCCUGGCCACUGGAUCUUCUGACCAGUCUGUAAAAUUGUGGUGUGUGACAGAGUCUGACGACGCGGGGGACCCUACGGCGACUCUCUCAGUGAAAGGUGGUCCUGUGAAAGCUCUGCAGUUCCACCCAUCGGCCGAUGCUCUGCUGGUUUCUGCAGCUGGCAGAUCCGUGCAGGUCUGGGAUCUCUCCAGGAGCGCAGCCCUUGCAGCUCUGGAUGAUCAUGGAGACCUGGUGCAGAGCAUAUGCUGGAGUCAAGAUGGUGUCCUGAUUGGGACGUCUUCUAAGGACAAGAGGCUGAGAAUUUUUGAUGUCCGGAAAAGCACAGGAGCCUGUCAGGACGCCCAGGGACAUGACAACAACAAAGAUUCUCGUGUGGUAUGGACCAAUUCCAACAACCACCUCCUAACAUCAGGAUUCAACCAGGUCAGGGAACGGGAGCUGCUGCUUUGGGAUCUUCGUAACCUCAGCCGGCCGGUAACCUCCUUCUCGCUGGAUGCAUCCUCCGGACUCCUCAUCCCUCUCUAUGAUGUAGACACCGGACUCCUCCUUCUGGCUGCACAGGGUGAAGGCACAGUGUACUGUAUGGAGGUCGGCACUGAACCCCAUUCUCUCGCACAGCUGUCACAGUGUGUCACGGAUCAGCAGUCCCGCGGCCUGGCUUUGGUCCCCAAGCUGUGCCUUGAUGUCCUGGGCUCUGAGGUCCUCAGUCUCCUCCAGCUGACUGACAGAUUCAUCAUUCCUAUCAGCUACACGGUCCCACGCAAGCAAGCAGGACAGGAGUUUUCAAGCGACCUGUUUCCAGAUACUGCGGGGGGCACAGCGGCCCUCUCAUCCCAGAGCUGGUGGGCUGGAGAGAACAAACAGGUAGCAAAGGUCUCAUUAAAUCCAGCGAAAAGAUCCAUUCCUACAUGUCUCCCAGGCAAAGAGAAAGUGACCAAUCACCCAGAACAGAGCCUCACUUCUCCUGACCCAAGUGAUGGAAGCGUCCUGUCUUCCCCCUCCAGCUCUGCCACCUCUCCAUCUAGUGGGAUUGUGUCCAGCACCAGUCAGCGCUCCCUGCAGAGUAUUCUGGGUCCCAGCUCACGACUCCGCCAUACCCAGGGCGUUGUGCUCCACCGAGACAAUCACAUUACUAGCCUGAAAGGUGUGAGCCAGAGUACACCAGGAGAGAGCGAUGGGUUCUGCGUCAAUUACCAGCGACUGGCACUCCCAUUGGCUGUUGCUGGGGGUCAGGUGGCUGUGUUGGAGCUGUCUCAGACCGGACGUCUCCCAGACACUCUGCCCACCGUCCAGAACUCUGUUCCUGUCACAGACCUCACUUGGGACCCAUUCAAUCCUCAUCGGCUGGUCACUGGUGGGGAGGAUGGACGGAUACGGAUAUGGGAGAUUCCACGAGAUGGGCUCAAAGAGACUCUGACUGAACCCCAGAUUAUACUUGCUGCUCAUAACGAGAGGAUUUAUACUGUGCGAUUCCACCCUUGUGCUUCUGACAUCCUUGUUUCCUCCUCCUAUGAUCUUACCCUGAGGGUUUGGAAUCUGAAGACUGGAAAAAAUGUCCUGACCCUGCAAGGCCAUGAUGAUCAGAUCUUCUCUCUAGCAUGGAGUCCAGAUGGCAAGUACUUGGCGACUUGUUGCAAAGAUCAACGCAUUCGUGUAUAUGAGCCACGCGUUUCCACUCAGCCAAAGCAGGAGGGUGCUGGACCUGAUGGUGCCCGUGGAGCUCGUAUUCUCUGGGUGUGUGAUGGCAAAUAUCUACUUGUAUCUGGAUUUGACAGUGGAAGUGAACGCCAGCUGACUCUGCACAGUAUACAGGACCUAGGUCCCAUUGCUACUAUCAGUAUUGACGUGUCGCCUUCUACGCUUAUUCCCUACUAUGACCCAGACACAGGGCUCCUGCUGCUUACUGGAAAGGGUGACACCCGAGUGUUUCUCUAUGAGGUGAUCCCAGAGUCCCCCUACUUUUUGGAAUGUAACAGCUUCAUCUCCAGUGAGCCACAAAAGGGCUUCCAGUACCUGCGGAAAGUGGAUUGCACGGUGCCCGAGGUGGAGAUUCUGCGUGCCGUUCGUCUUUGCUCUAACUCUGUGGAGCCUGUGGCUUUCCGGGUGCCACGCGUUAAGAAAGAGUUCUUCCAAGAUGAUGUGUUCCCUCCAACCCGUGUCACCUGGGAGCCUGCGCUGACAGCAGAAGAAUGGCUCAGUGGUAAAGACAAGCAACAGCGAAGCAUCAACCUCUGUCCUGAGGGCAUGAUUCCUGUGAGCCAGGCGCCUAAGGAGGUCCCAACCAAGAAGUAUGUGCCAUCAUCUGUGUACCUUCAAGAGAAGACCGAUGAACAGAAGAAGGAGGAGCUUCUGAAUGCAAUGGUGGCAAAACUGGGGAACCGGGAUGACCCUCUGCCUCAGGAUGCAUUUGAAGGGGUGGAUGAGGAUGAGUGGGAUUAGCGGUGACCUCCGGUAACCCCCAGCCGCCCGCCCAGCCCUCACCUCCCUCCCAUGUAACUGGAAAAGUCUUGGAGGGCCGCUCCGCUUCUGAUACAUUCCAAUCCCAGGGAAAAAUAAACUCAGGCCGAUUGUUUACACGCUCCCAGCAUUCCUGGCCCACCAGAAAACUGGAUCAUUGUAUACCCCAGGAGCAGCCACAAGCAUGUGCCCCCCGGCACUCAGGCAUCCCCCGACUCCUGGUGCCAUUUUUAAUGAACUUGCUUAGUGAGCGUAUGAUCUUGAGCAUAGUGUGAUGUUCUAAGCACAGCGGUCACAUCCUAAUCUGUUUACAAUGUGGAAACAAACGCCAUUCCCGA